AUGCCCUAUGUACUAAAGGGAAGGAAUGUUUUGGUCGUUGGAGGUGCACGUGGCCUAGGUGCUCUGGUUGCGCACAAGUUCGCUGCUGAAGGCUGCAACGUGGCAAUCAACUAUGUCUCCAAUCUUGUUCGAGCCAAGGACACUGCUCACUCGAUCGAACAGCAGUUCGGCGUCAAGACCUUUGUGGUCCAAGGGGAUGCCGCUUCUCGGGAAGAUUGUGCUAGGAUAGUCCAAGAAAGCCUUGCAACCCUUGGAGGACUUGAUGUUAUCGUGGCCAAUGCCGGGUGGACCAAGUUCACCGACUUCAAAGACCUUCAUGCCCUGAGCGAACAGGAGUGGGAUCUGUGUUGGGCAGUCAACGUCAAAAGCAAUCUACAUCUGCUGCAAGAGGCGGCACCUUCCUUCAACAAAAACUGUGACGGUGGUGUGCUUCUUAUGACUUCGUCGGUGGCGAGCCUGACACCAGCGGGAAGUUCCAUGGCUUACUGCGUGACCAAGGCCGCUGGUUUGCACCUGAUGAGAUGCCUCGCAAGCAGCCAGGGUCCCAAAAUCCGCGUGAAUGCAGUGCUGCCAGGUUUCCUCACGACAGAAUGGGGAAUGCAGUUCAGCGACGCACAGAUCCAAGCGUUGAAGGAGAAGGCUGUCCUGAAACAAGAGCUUAUCACUUAUUGCACCAUCAUUGAACUCGAGCGAAACUCCACUACCAACAUGGCGCAAGGACUCAGAGUGUCAACUCCGCAGUCCGAGGUUGAUGUCCUCAUCAUUGGUGCAGGCCCAGCCGGCCUGAUGAUGGCGAACUGGAUGAGUCGGUGCGGGAUUCGGACGAGAAUAGUGGACAAAAGAGGCACCAAGAUUUUCAACGGCCAAGCGGACGGACUUCAAUGCCGGACGCUCGAGAUCUUUGACAGCUUCGACUUUGCACACCGGGCCUGGAUCGAGUCGAACCACAUGCUCGAAAUCUGCCUCUGGAAUCCCGACCCGCAGACUGGAAUCAUCCACCGCUCUGACCGCAUCCCGGACACCAUCCCAAACAUCUCACGCUUUCAACAGGUGGUCCUCCACCAGGGACGCAUUGAACGAUUCUUCCUCGACUCCAUCUCAGAACACAGCAAGAAGACACUCCAGGAUGUGCCGGGGUGGGAGGAGGGCAUUAGGGUCGAGCACGGUGUCAUGCCCGUCUCCUUUGAGUUUGACGAAAGCGUCGCCGAAGACAACGACGCGUACCCGAUCACCGUGAAACUGCGCCAUCUGAGCGAGCAAGAGGCAACGCCCAAGCAGGCCGCGACCAGCUUGAACGGCUCCGGGUUACAGGAUGGACUAUUCCGCAGCAACCUGUCGCCGGACGACACGCAAGAACUGCUGGAGAAGUCCAAGGCGCUGCGGGAGAAAGAGGGCAGAGAGGAGACGGUCAAGGCCAAAUACAUGCUGGGCGCAGACGGCGCUCACAGCUGGGUCAGAAACCAGCUCGGCUUCAAACUACAGGGCGAAUCCACCGACUAUAUCUGGGGAGUGCUCGACAUCAUCCCCAUCACCGACUUUCCCGAUAUCCGCAUGAGGUGUGCCAUUCACAGCGAAAGCAGUGGCAGUGUGAUGGUGAUCCCGCGAGAGAACAAGCUGGUCAGACUCUACAUUCAAUUGACGACGAUGGAGAAUGCAGGAGGCGGCAAGAGGGCGGACCGGAGUAAGAUCAACCCAGACACGAUUCUGGCCAGUGCACAGAGGAUCAUGAAGCCUUACAAAAUCGAGUAUCGGUACUGCGACUGGUGGACAGCCUACCAAAUCGGACAGCGCGUCGGCGACAGCUUCAGUCUGAAGGAGAGGGUCUUUUUGGCCGGCGACGCCGUCCACACUCACAGUCCGAAGGCCGGUCAAGGCAUGAACGUCAGCAUGCAAGAUGCCUUCAACCUCGGAUGGAAAGUCGCCAGUGUGGUCAAGGGAACCAGCAACCGAUCCAUCCUCAAGACCUACCAAUCCGAGCGGCGCCGGAUCGCGCAGGACCUGAUCGACUUCGACCACCGUUUCUCGCGGCUAUUCUCGGGCCGGCCGGCCAAGGACGUGCUAGACGAGGAGGGGAUCUCGAUGGAUGAGUUCAAGAACGCGUUUGUCAAGGGGAACCUGUUCGCCAGCGGCGUGGCCGUCGACUACGGCGCGAGCGUCAUCGUAGCCAAGGCCGGCGACAGCAUUGCGCAAGGGGACGGCACCGAGGUGCUCGGCGAGGAGGCGCUGCGCGUCAUCAGCGCCCAGGACCGCGCCACCGAGGUCAAAGUCGGCAUGCGCAUGCCCUCGUUCAAGGUGCUCAACCAGGCCGACGCGCGGCCGUGGCAUUUCCAGGAACUCCUGAAAAGCAACGGUACAUGGCGCCUGGUCGUGUUUGCGGGGGACAUUGUCGGUAUCCCAUCCCAGCGGGAGCGACUGGACCAGCUGGGCGAGAAGCUCGGUUCCGCGACAUCGUUCCUGAAACGCUUCACACCUCCUGGCGCGCGUUACGACUCGGUCAUCGAGGUACUCACACUCCACGCGUCCAAAAGGCAGGACGUGACCAUCUUCGACUUCCCCGAGGUGUUCCGGCCCUGGCACCCCCGCGACGGCUGGGACUACUGGAAGAUCCACGCCGACGACGUCAGCUACCACGAAGGGUUUGGGGACGCUUACACAAACUACGGCGUCGAUCGCACCCGCGGCGCCGCCGUCAUCCUCCGCCCGGACCAAUACGUCAGCUGGGUCGGCGACAUGGACGACUACGCCAGCAUGGACAAGUUCUUUAGUGGGUUCAUGGUCGAGCAGCCGGAACGACAGCUGACAGAGAAGACGGCGGCAGAUGCCCCGGUCGUCGACGGCAUCAGCCGCGUCUCGCUCCAGGACGCAGAGAGAGACGGUGCGGACGGCAGCAUCCCGGCUACGAAUGGCGCGGUGGCCGGUACGGCGGCAGCAUGA